CCGCGCGAAGUGUCCAAACUGCGACAGGAAAUGUCGUGUAAACUGAAGAGAAAAGUUCCGUUUUCCACCAUAACAAGGAAACAGGCACCGCAAGAUAAAAACAAGGACGUCUUGCCGGAGGAGAGCCUGGAGAAGUUGGUGCACUUUAAUUCGUGCGCAGUCGUCAGUAGUAGCCACGCCCUGAGGUUUCACUCGUACGGUCAGGAAAUAGACAGUCACGAUGCCGUGCUGAGAUUCAACUGCGCUCCCACGCACAAGUUUGAACAGUUCGUCGGAAACCGGACGGACUUUCGUCUCAUGAACACAAAAAUCCCGCACGUGUUCUGCACAGAGGAAUUCUGGAGUGAAAACAGUACCAUGUUCAGACACGGGACACUGGUUGUCAGAAACAUGAACGGUAUCAACUUGGAAAGACAAAAGAUUAGCACCAAAGGCGACAAAUUUCAUUGUUUUGACAACUUGAUCAAAUACAGGAAGACGUUUCCAAAAAGGGCGUUGCCUUUUAUCCAGAGACCUCAAUUUGGGAAUGGUGUACUGGCGGAGUUGGUGGAGUUCUGCAAAUCUACAAAAAUGUGCGACACAAAGAUCAGGCCAAGUUUAAGUUCGGGCAUACUUGGUGUUGUGAUGAUGAUGCACCUCUGUGACUGGAUCUAUGUCUACGAGCUCGUUCCUUCCAACAGGGACGACACGAGACUCAUGUAUUACUUCAAUGAGGAGAAACAACAUAGCUGGCACCCCUACAGCCAUGAAAGAGUUUAUAUCAAGACGUUGUCACUGACUCCUGAAAAAGAAAUAGAGGAUACAGGCGUGGUUGUUUUGAAAGGGUUUUCCCAUACCAAAUGCUAGUGAUAUCUUCUUCGUUCAGAAGUACUGUAAAUGCAGUUAAGUUCGCGGGGAUUUAAUUUCGCGGUAGCGGGAAAAGGGACUUUUCGCGGUGGUUUUAAGUUCACGGUAGCAACAUGCACUGCAGUCUCUUACUGUUAUGGAAUAAUGUUCGCGGUGGUUUUAAAUUCGCGGUGAAGCGGCCACCGUCAAAACCGCGAACAUUAAACCACCGCGAAAGUUUCUGCAUUUUAUGUGCGUAGUACUACACUAUUUAACGGUGUUUUAUCUUCUAGGCACUGAACUAAACUGAAGAGGAGUUAGCAAUUUUCUUUUGUUUUGAAGGCUUGUGGGUUGUAGUUGUACGUGAAGCAAUGCCCAGUAAGAGAGUUCAAUAUUUCGGUCAGCGGUUUCGAGGAAAGAAGCUGUACAUGUUGCUAUAGCCGAGGGACUUUGAGACAGGUCUUUGACAACAGUGUUGUGAGCUUACAUGAUAGC